UCCCGGCACCCCAUGGGAUGCUCAUGGGGUCUCUAGCGCUGCCGUCUCCAGCUACGUGACGGACCUGGAGGGGAGGGGCAACAAUGCAGCAGCGUUGGUCCCGCCCACUCGGAGAGGAUGGGAGGGAGGUGACACUGGGGGAGAGGGAGAGAGACCGGAGCAACCUGGGCACGCCUGCGCACUGACUCUAGAGGGAAUUUGCCUCCCUCAUCGCGGGAGCGCUCUCGUUUGCCCGCCCUCCCUAGGCACGAGUGCGCACGCGCCAGAAUGGAGCGGUCCCGGAAGAGGAAGCCACGUGCAACCCGGAAGCAGCUCCCCCAGGCACCGCCCUUACUUCCGCCACAUCCCCCAGCUACUGCGGAAGAAGUUGAUGACCAUGUGGCUGAAGGCGUCCUUCGAGGAGAACUUCCGCCGUCCCCGCCCCUUCCGGUUCCUGUUGCGUCUCCAGACCCGGCCUCGGCCUUAUCUUCGGCUUGCGAGAAAGAGGAAAGCAUGGCCCUGUUCGAACAGAUGCGUGCCAACGUGGGGAAGCUGCUCAAGGGGAUCGACAGGUACAAUCCUGAGAACCUAGCCACCUUGGAGCGAUACGUGGAAACCCAGGCCAAAGAGAAUGCCUAUGAUUUGGAGGCCAACUUGGCUGUGCUCAAGCUAUAUCAGUUCAAUCCAGCCUUCUUCCAGACCACAGUGACAGCCCAGAUUCUGCUAAAGGCCCUCACCAAUCUACCACACACAGACUUCACCCUGUGCAAGUGCAUGAUUGAUCAGGCUCAUCAAGAAACACAGCCCAUCAGACAGAUCCUGUACUUGGGAGAUUUGCUGGAGACCUGUCAUUUCCAGGCUUUCUGGCAUGCCCUGGAGAACAUGGACCUCCUCCUCCUUAAUGGCAUCACAGGCUUUGAAGAUUCUGUCCGAAAAUUUAUCUGCCACGUUGUGGGCAUCACAUAUCAACAUAUUGACCGUUGGCUGCUGGCUGAGAUGUUGGGAGAUCUGUCGGACAACCAGCUGAAAGUAUGGAUGAGCAAAUAUGGCUGGAGCUCCAAUGAGGCAGGACAGGUCUUCAUCUGUAGCCAAGAAGAGAGUAUCAAGCCCAAAAACAUCGUGGAAAAGAUCGACUUUGAGAGCGUUUCCAGCAUCAUGGCCUCCUCCCAGUAACUCCUGCUUGAUGGCUUCCUUCUUGUGUUUGUGUUUUCCCUUAAGUACAGCAGGCUUCUUAAAUAAAAGCCCUUUACUUCCUG